GGGCUGGCGUCACCAGGACAACGGGCGUCGCCGGCGCCGUGUGACUCCGGGCUGUGGGCGCGCUCGCGGCCAUGGUUUUCUCAAAUAGUGAUGAUGGCCUUAUCAACAAAAAGUUACCCAAGGAGCUGCUCUUAAGAAUUUUCUCCUUCUUGGACAUAGUAACUCUUUGUCGAUGUGCACAGAUUUCCAAGGCAUGGAACAUCUUAGCCCUGGACGGAAGCAACUGGCAGAGAAUAGACCUUUUUAACUUCCAAACAGAUGUAGAGGGCCGAGUUGUGGAAAACAUCUCCAAGAGGUGCGGUGGCUUCCUCAGGAAACUCAGCUUGCGGGGCUGCAUCGGCGUUGGGGACUCCUCCUUGAAGACCUUUGCACAGAACUGCCGAAACAUUGAACAUUUAAACCUCAAUGGCUGCACAAAAAUCACUGACAGCACGUGUUACAGCCUUAGCAGAUUCUGUUCCAAGCUGAAACACCUGGAUCUCACGUCCUGUGUGUCUGUCACCAACAGCUCCUUAAAGGGAAUCAGCGAUGGUUGCCGGAACCUGGAGUAUCUGAACCUCUCCUGGUGCGACCAGAUCACGAAGGAAGGCAUCGAGGCGCUGGUGCGGGGGUGCCGGGGCCUGAAAGCCCUUCUUCUGAGGGGUUGCACUCAGGUACAAAGGCCCGCAUCUGGUCAGCCUGUUCCUCUUGCUGUGGCAGUCAUCUUGGUACCCGACAUGUUCUCUCACCUGGGUUCCAUCCCGCUUUCAUUUCCUCCAUCCACUCAGUUAGAGGACGAAGCUCUGAAACACAUUCAGCACCACUGCCACGAGCUCGUCAGUCUCAACCUGCAGUCCUGCUCACGCAUCACUGAUGAGGGCGUGGUGCAGAUCUGCAGGGGCUGCCACCGGCUGCAGGCCUUGUGCCUCUCGGGUUGUAGUAAUCUCACGGAUGCAUCUCUCACAGCCCUGGGCCUGAACUGCCCCAGACUGCAGAUUUUGGAGGCUGCUCGAUGCUCCCAUUUGACUGAUGCAGGCUUUACACUCCUAGCUCGGAACUGUCAUGAGCUGGAGAAGAUGGACCUUGAAGAAUGUGUCCUGAUCACCGACAGCACCCUCAUCCAGCUCUCCAUCCACUGUCCCAAGCUGCAAGCCCUGAGUUUGUCCCACUGUGAGCUCAUCACAGAUGAAGGGAUCCUACACCUGAGCAGCAGCACAUGUGGGCAUGAGAGACUGCGGGUCCUGGAGCUGGACAACUGCCUCCUUGUCACGGAUGCUGCACUGGAGCACCUGGAGAACUGCCGUGGCUUAGAGCGGCUGGAGCUGUACGACUGCCAGCAGGUCACUCGUGCAGGCAUCAAGCGCAUGCGGGCUCAGCUUCCUCAUGUCAAAGUCCAUGCCUACUUUGCUCCAGUCACCCCUCCACCAGCAGUGGCAGGAAGUGGACAUCGACUGUGCAGGUGCUGUGUCAUACUCUGACAGCAGCUCCUUAGGCCAAGGGCCCCAUCCUCCAGGUUAGACCAGUCUCCUGACUGCGCCACCAUCACCCUAUCUCGACUCUCCAUUGGGAAACAUUACAGAAAAGACUUCAGCACAGAUUGCAGUAACUGGUGAUUCCAUUCACCUUAACCUUGUUGGGAUGCAAGCAAAUCAAAGCCUGUGUCAGUUACCAUAUGGCAAGAGUGGUGUGGUGCAGCCAAGACCACACAAGUAACCCGGAGCCCUUCAGCGGUGGAUACCCACCUAGGCACACAGCCCUACCUGGCUUUGUCAGCAUCCAACACAUAGACCUUCAGUGUUAGCACAACCAGAGCAAAGAGCCUGUGGUUUUCUACCUGGUCCUUAAGCCAGUGGCCUACUUUAAUUCAUAACGAUUCCUACUGAUUUGCAGAACUUCCAUUUUGAAGACUAAAUAGCACCUUUAUCAAUGUGACUGUACUGCAAACUCAGAAUGGCUGGUAGUUUUGUAUGUAGAAACGUGUGUGAAAGGCAUGUUAAUACAUUUCCAGAGAACACCAAAGAAUGAAGACUCUAAGCUGGGUGGGGCAUGAUCUUCACCCUUCUGUGUCAACCUGUCAUAUCCAAUUAUAGGAACUAAAACCUAAACAAAAGCAACCUACUCCGCAGUGCCCCACUGGAAAUGAUAAGCUCUGCCAUGUGCUACAGUAGCAGCAAUGCAUUUCUGUUAAAGGAAAAAAGCCAAUUAUGUCCACACUUCUCAAAAAAUUUGGGGGAACCUUGAAGAAACUCAGAAUUAAGGCUUACGUUAUCUAUAAUAUAAUCAAGUGAAAACAGUGAAUGGGUGCAUGAGAAUGGAUUUUUUUUUCAAAUUUACUCUGAAUUUUUAGAUAUCAUACCAGAACUACAUUAAAGCUUCACACAUGGAAAAACUCAAACGAGUAAAGUGUUGGCACCUUUUAAACUCCUAACAAGCCCUUCCAGUGCUCACUAGACUUGGUCAGAGCCUCUACUGCUGUGAUGCUCAAGCUGGUAAAUCUGAGCAAAGCAAGUCUCCAAACACAGGUGUUUUUGCAUCACCUGAACUAGGGUAGGACACCCAGGCUUUUACUGUGGCUGCUGCCUGCUCUGUGCCGUUGACAGUUACCACCGCCUUCAAUGUGACCUUAGGGGCUAAUGGCAACUGAACCUUUCUAGCAACCACUCCCCAGCCAAAACUGCAAAACUGAGCUGUUUUUCUGUGUCUCUGUGGACAGUGUUACAGCAUCUGUACACAGUGCCUCAGCUGCAUUCUGAGUGGAAAGCAGAUACACACAUAUACCCUGGAAAUUCAUCAGGAGAAUCCUUGUAAGCAUCAGCUUACUGUAAGUUCGACUACCUUGUUAUGACAUGUUGCAGUACUGCCAGGCUUGGACUAUAUAUCACAUCAGCUAUUAACUGUAUGGGGGGGGGUGAAGUAUGUACUAGACUUACUUCAGUGCUUCAUGAACUCAUUCUGUUAAAUACCAGAGACAACCAUACAUUUUUCUGAGCUAGCCUAUCAUAGUGUUGGACUUGAUUCACAACAACCAUAACUUCACUCACAGACUAGAAGAACCUCUUGUCAGAGAGCCUGAUUUGUCUUCUGUAAAUAGAGAACAGUUCCUAUAAUUACCUGUCUUGAGUUGCAUCACCUUUGUGGAAAUCAGCAGAAAAGGAAAAAAGGGCAGGGACAGCCCACAGGGGUGAACCUCUUACAGUGAGGCCACUAAGGUGUGUGUAGGACACACCCAGGAAAGUCCUUCAUUCCAUGUGACCUGAGAUGACAGUAGCACAACUUAAAGACUUUAAAUGAGUGACACAUUUACGAAAAAAAUCAGAAAACAUUUAUUACACUGAACUGUACAUCCUAUUAACCAAAGUAGCAAAUUGCUGGUGCUGUGGGUUCUGUACAGUUUCACUGAGACAGACUAGCACUUUUUGCAGCUCAGCACAAUUUCAAGUCUGAGGAGCCUGUAAGUACUUUUACCCCACUUCUAAAACCUGAUAAGGAAUUCAAAAUAGCACACAGCAUUAAAAGACAUUUAUUGUUCCAUAAAUCAUGAGAUCCAAAAAAGAAAGCUAACAGACAAGCAAAACUCUAGAAACAAUCAGGAGAUAAAUUCACUUCUUUCCCAAAUAAGUGACUGGUACAGAAAGCAUGUGGUCACACAAAAGCAAAGGGAAGGACAGAUAGGAACACUCCCCUCCUCAAGGGCCUGCAGAGCUAUAGCACUGCCAAGCCCAAGAUGAAAAUAUGGAGACCGAGUUUAGAGUUUGUGGCAAAUAAUUAACCCCCACUAUGAAUACAAUGCAAGACGUUUAAAGCCUUUACCCACUGAAGUAGUCAUUCCUACCCACCUGAACAAGGGUCAGACAGACAUUCAUAGCCAGCAACUGAGCAAAUGGGCAGAGAUACUACAUAAUUAAAACAGAAAAAGGUUUUUAAAAACUCGGACCUGCUAAAAUGUUUGCUGAUGAAUUCUGGGGAGGAAGGGAAAAGCCGAAGAAUCCCUUUGAGAGUGGUGUGCGAGCACAUGUGAUCCUAUAAAGAGGCACACCUGUUACAGACACAGCAGCAAAGAUGUAAAACACCUUAAUAGCCCUGAACUAAUCACCAGCAUGUAUAUCCAUGAUUGUACUGAAACUCAGCAUCUGAGGGGUGAAGUGGGGGUUAUGGUACAUUUUAGUGUCUUGUUAUGACAUCUAGUGUUUCCAUGGGUACUUUCGUCUCAUUCAAAACAAAGAUCCCUUUAACACCAAGUCAGAGGCUACCAACAAUAAUACUUUGUUUCCCCUAUUACAUCAUCUAGUUCUAAUGUCUGGGGAAGGGCUUUAAAUACAUUUAAGAACAGAGCCAAGCACAAAACAAGUGAAUUGUGCACCUGGAGUCCCAGCUACUCGGGAGGCUUAAGUGUGGGGGGAAUGGAGAACAGGGGAGACGAGAGAAGGAAACCACAUGAGUUUAAAAAGCAA